GGGAAUUGCACAACACAUAAUUUCUGUCCAGCAUGCUGCGCUUCAUUAACUUGUUUUUCAACAUUAACACGACUCUGUAAGCAGAAGCAAGGCCUCGAUAUCUGGUUUAAGAGGCUCACAGUGGCAUGGUACUAUGGAAGGACAGCAUAACCAUCCCCAACACAAUCUAGAGGACCAGAACAAAGCACUGUACAAAGUGCCAGGGCAAGAAUACCAGCAUGAAGCACAGAGGAAUGUGUCCACAUACCCGUAUCGAUGCACGCUUGCAGAUUUUCAGAUAGAGAAGAAAAUCGGCAGAGGGCAGUUCAGUGAGGUUUACAAGGCAACCUUUCUCCACGACAGGAAACUGGUUGCACUGAAGAAAGUCCAGAUAUUUGAAUUGAUGGACGCAAAGGCAAGACAAGACUACAUCAAGGAAAUCGACCUUUUAAAGCAACUGAACCACCCCAAUGUAAUUAAGUAUUUGGACUCAUUCAUUGAAAACAAUGAGCUGAACAUUGUUCUGGAGUUGGCAGAUGCUGGCGAUCUCUCCCAGAUGAUAAAGUAUUUUAAGAAGCAGCGGCGGCUUAUUCCUGAAAGGACGGUCUGGAAAUACUUUGUGCAGCUGUGCAGUGCAGUGGAGCACAUGCACUCCCGCAGGAUAAUGCACAGAGAUAUAAAGCCUGCUAAUGUGUUCAUAACAGCGACUGGAGUAGUUAAACUGGGAGACCUGGGACUCGGGCGCUUCUUCAGCUCCAAAACCACGGCAGCACAUUCCUUAGUGGGAACACCCUACUACAUGUCUCCUGAGAGAAUCCAUGAAAAUGGAUACAACUUUAAAUCUGAUAUCUGGUCUUUGGGCUGUUUGUUAUACGAGAUGGCAGCCCUGCAGAGUCCAUUCUAUGGGGAUAAAAUGACCCUGUUUUCCCUGUGCCACAAGAUUGAACAAUGCGAUUAUCCUCCACUUCCAACAGACCAUUACUCCGACAAGCUGAGAGAGCUGGUGAGCAUGUGCAUAAAUCCAGAACCGGACCAGAGACCUGACAUCAUUUUUGUCAAUCAAACAGCCAAGCAGAUGCAAGUCUGGACCAGCACCAGCACCUGAUCCAUCAUCUACUUGUUCAGAGACAACCAACCACAUUUUGGUCUUACUUGAAUUUUACCAGAAGAUGAAACGCUUUGUGAAACUCAGAAUGCACCAUUUUUGUGGAAUCCGAUUAUUUUAAGAAGACCCUUAAAUGCUUGGGCAAGCGUGGAGUUGUUCUCAAUGUACAGCGCAGUGGUGAUUACAGUAAUAAUAAUAAUAAUUAAAAAAAAAAAAAAGUCAAAUUUGUAUUACUUUCAUUAUGUAUGGACCCUACUCAUAAAGCUCAAAUCUAUAUAUGUGUGAGCUUGUAUGAUUUUACAAGUGAAAACUAACAUAUUAACAAGUGUCCGAGAGCUUGUAUUUCACAGCACUGUGACCUCACUCCCUGUAGUGCAGCGUUGACUCUCACUGGAGGUCUUUAUUAUACCAUGUCUUUAUUAUUAUGUAUUUUAACUGUUGUAGCCAUUUAUUUUCAUGUUUAGAGGGUUUUUGUUUUUUUGUUUUUUUUUGAUUAACAGUUUAAUUGUAGUUAGAAAACGUCCAGUUUUGUACUAAAUCCUUGAGAGGGGUUCAUUUCUAAUUUUAACUGCUCUGUUCUAUUUUAUGAGCUUCUGCAUAUACUUUGUAUUUUUGUGGUUUGAGCUUUAAGUUUGGAUAUUACUGUACAGCUAAGGCCAAAAGUUUUGCAUUACCUAGAAUUUUAAGACUGAGAAAAAAUAAAAAAUAAAAUACAUGAACAUAAUUUAGAUCUUAGAUUUUUCAAUUUGUCAGUUUCUCGAACUAUAUGGAAAAAACUAGAAAGCGGAAUGUAAUUCAGUAUGUUAACGUAGCAUUAUACAAUGUGUUUAAUUUGACUUUCAUCAACAUUAGUUAAUCCUAUAGGGUGAUGCAACACUUUUGGCUAUACAUGCAUAGAAUGGGUUUUGAGUGUGACUCAGCCUUUGGGAAUGUGUACUGCACCAUGAAGCAAAGAAAUAAUUAAAAACAAUGCCUGUCUCUUCUUGAGUGGGGUUAAAAAGACAUAACCAGAAGUAUUUUCUAACUGUGAAAUCAAUCAGAAAUGUGAACUGUUAUGGUAAGUGUACAUUUUGAAGGCAGCGGCAUGGGGAUUGUAGGACAAAAAACAUAUUAAAAAAAUGUGAUUUCGUGCAAGAUUUACUAAAAUGAUUUAAUCAACUUAAUUUUCAUUCAUUAAUUGUUCAGCAGGGGAUUUAAUAUUGACAUCACUGUGAUUUAAAACUAGCGGAAUCACGUUCAAGUGAUUUCCUUCUUAUUUUUUCUUUAUAGGUGAUAGAAAAAAAAUCUGAGUAUGAAAUGGCAGGAUGAUUCUGACAAGAUGUACUUUGGGACUUUCGACACUUGUUACAAUGAACAACAGUGCUUCUUUUAAUGUUUGAAAUAAAUCGAUUGGGCUCAGCAUUGUUAAUGCUUUAAAUAAAUGCAGAAUUCCCCCA